GGCGGGCAUGGGGAGGGCCGGCACCGCGGCCAACGGCACCCCGCAGAACGUCCAGGGCAUCACCUCCUACCAGCAGCGAAUAACUGCCCAGCAUCCUCUGCCCAACCAAUCAGAAUGUAGGAAAAUCUACAGAUAUGACGGAAUCUACUGUGAAUCUACCUACCAGAAUUUACAAGCAUUGAGAAAGGAGAAAUCCCGAGAUGCUGCUCGCUCCCGCCGGGGAAAAGAAAACUUUGAGUUCUAUGAAUUGGCCAAGUUGUUGCCUCUCCCUGCAGCCAUCACUAGCCAGCUUGACAAGGCAUCCAUCAUUCGACUUACAAUUAGCUAUCUGAAAAUGAGGGACUUUGCUAACCAGGGGGACCCUCCAUGGAACUUGCGAAUGGAAGGCCCUCCACCAAACACAUCAGUAAAAGGGAUACAAAUGUGGAAAUCUGAACUCUGCAUGAGAAAGACACCAUGUGAAGUUAUAGGUGCACAACGAAGGAGAAGCCCCAGUGCACUGGCCAUUGAAGUAUUUGAAGCACAUUUGGGAAGUCACAUUUUGCAGUCCCUGGAUGGCUUUGUAUUUGCACUAAAUCAAGAAGGAAAAUUUUUAUACAUUUCCGAAACCGUCUCCAUCUACCUUGGCCUCUCACAAGUGGAGCUGACAGGCAGUAGCGUCUUUGACUAUGUCCACCCCGGGGACCACGUGGAGAUGGCAGAGCAGCUGGGCAUGAAGCUUCCGCCUGGGCGGGGUCUCCUCUCACAGGGCACCACUGAGGACGGAGCCAGCUCAGCAUCUUCCUCCUCCCAGUCGGAGACCCCUGAGCCAGUGGAGUCAACCAGCCCCAGUCUGCUAACCACUGACAACACCCUUGAGCGUUCCUUUUUCAUCCGAAUGAAAUCCACUUUGACCAAACGCGGCGUGCAUAUCAAAUCAUCAGGAUAUAAGGUGAUUCACAUAACAGGCCGUCUACGACUGAGGGUGUCGCUGUCCCAUGGGAGGACCGUCCCCAGCCAAAUCAUGGGUCUCGUGGUUGUGGCACAUGCUUUGCCUCCCCCUACAAUCAAUGAAGUCAGAAUCGACUGCCAUAUGUUCGUCACUCGAGUAAAUAUGGACCUCAAUAUCAUUUACUGUGAAAAUAGGAUCAGUGAUUAUAUGGAUCUGACCCCUGUAGACAUUGUGGGGAAGAGAUGCUACCACUUCAUCCACGCCGAGGACGUCGAGGGCAUCAGGCACAGUCACUUGGACUUGCUGAAUAAGGGCCAGUGUGUGACGAAGUACUAUCGUUGGAUGCAGAAGAACGGAGGCUAUAUUUGGAUACAGUCUAGCGCCACCAUAGCUAUUAAUGCCAAGAACGCAAAUGAGAAGAACAUCAUCUGGGUGAACUACCUUCUUAGUAAUCCCGAGUACAAGGACACACCGAUGGACAUCGCACAGCUCCCCCACCUGCCGGAGAAAACUUCAGAAUCCUCGGAGACAUCCGACUCCGAAUCAGACUCUAAAGACACCUCAGGUAUUACAGAGGACAACGAAAACUCCAAGUCCGACGAGAAGGGCAAUCAGUCCGAGAACAGUGAAGACCCGGAACCCGACCGGAAGAAGUCCGGCAACACGUGCGACAACGACAUGAAUUGCAACGACGAUGGCCACAGCUCCAGCAACCCGGACAGCCGCGACAGCGACGACAGCUUCGAGCACUCGGAUUUUGAGAACCCCAAGGCGGGCGAGGACGGCUUCGGGGCGCUGGGCCCGAUGCAGAUCAAGGUCGAGCGCUACGUUGAGAGCGAGUCGGACCUGCGGCUGCAGAACUGCGAGUCGCUCACGUCCGACAGCGCCAAGGACUCGGACAGCGCGGGCGAGGUGGGCGCGCAGGCCUCCAGCAAGCACCAGAAGCGCAAGAAGAGGCGGAAACGGCAGAAGGGCGGCAGCGCCAGCCGCCGGCGCCUGUCCAGCGCCUCGAGCCCCGGUGGCCUGGACGCAGGCCUGGUGGAGCCCCCGCGGCUGCUGUCCUCCCCCAAUAGUGCCUCGGUGCUCAAGAUCAAGACGGAGAUCUCGGAACCCAUCAACUUCGACAACGACAGCAGCAUCUGGAACUACCCGCCCAACCGCGAGAUCUCCAGGAACGAGUCCCCCUACAGCAUGACCAAGCCCCCCAGCUCCGAGCACUUCCCGUCCCCGCAGGGCAGCGGGGGCAGCGGGGGGCUGCACGUGGCCAUCCCCGACUCGGUCCUCACGCCGCCCGGCGCCGAAGGCGCAGCAGCCCGCAAGACUCAGUUCAGCGCCUCGGCCACCGCGGCCUUGGCCCCCGUCGCCUCCGACCCUCUGUCACCCCCCCUCUCGGCAUCCCCGCGGGACAAGCACCCCGGGAGCGGUGGCGGGAGUGGCCCCAGCACGUCCAACUCCUUGCUGUACACUGGGGACCUAGAGGCGCUGCAGAGGUUGCAGGCGGGCAACGUCGUGCUCCCGCUGGUGCACAGGGUGACCGGGACCCUGGCAGCCACCAGUACGGCCGCGCAAAGGGUCUACACCACGGGCACCAUCCGCUACGCUCCCGCCGAGGUGACCCUGGCCAUGCAGGGCAACCUGCUGCCCAACGCGCACGCUGUUAACUUCGUGGACGUUAACAGCCCCGGCUUUGGCCUCGACCCCAAGACGCCUAUGGAGAUGCUCUACCACCACGUGCACCGGCUCAACAUGUCAGGACCGUUCGGCGGAGCUGUGAGCGCGGCCAGCCUGACGCAGAUGCCCGCCGGCAACGUGUUCACCACGGCCGAGGGACUCUUCUCCACGCUGCCCUUCCCCGUCUACAGCAACGGCAUCCACGCGGCACAGACUCUGGAGCGCAAGGAGGACUGAGGCGCGCCCAGCGCGGGCGGGUUCCGCUCGGAGGCAUCGUCGGCGUUUUCGUUUAGACCUUUAAUUCUAGCACUUUGAAUUUGAGCAGGUCAGCGUCUUCUCUCAACAUGGUGGUCCCCAUCCCAUCCCCUCUUUCUUUAACUUGACUUAUUCUUUCCUGUAAAGAUAUGUUUAUUUUUGGCCUUCGGAGGGUCAGAUGACCAGUUGCCUGCCAUUUUGUCUUCUUCUGAGAUGUGUGUUGGGUUGUUUUGCUUUCCUUUGCAUCUUUAUUAAGAUGUCUUUAAUGUGUAUAUGCCUCUGCCAUAGAAUACUCAGUCUUGUGGUCAAGAGAUUUCUCAAGUGACAACUAUUGGGUUUUCUUCAUAAAGAUCUUGAUGUGAUCAAGAUUAAAAGAGACAAGCAUAAACAAUGUGCCCUGUUUGACUAAGUCAAAUGAAAUGGGUGGUUUUUGUUUUUGUUCCUAAUUCCUUUGAAAAUAGGGGGAUAGUAUUUUAGAAUUUUAUGCAGAAUUUAAUUCUCUUUUUAUGGUUAAGAUUUUAAGAUUUUCUUACUUGCACAUAAAAAUAAUUUGGGUUAUUAAACUUAAUUUCUGGCCUGUGACUAGAAUGUUUUAAAAAAAACAGUUGGACUAAAUGUUAAUUACUGAAACAUUAACUUAAUUUCUAAAACCAUGGUGCUAUCAUUUAUUAAUCUGUAAUGUCUUCAUACAAAAUGCAGCUCCUGGGCUGGGUUUUGGAAAAAAAAUGUGUUCUGUCCUGGUCUGGAGUCCGUUGCUGCAGUCUCCUUGGUUAGUUAAGACAAAGCCCUCAUUAACGUUUGCUGCAGGACUUAAAAUUUUUUUACCUCCCAACUAACAAACAUAGCCUCACAUUAAAUUUAAUGGGUCAGUAAAGCCCUUUUUAAAGGGGCUUUUGGAAAACUCAAUCAAACUGAUUUGAGGAGCAGUUUAGGUACAUAUUGCCUUUUGGUGAGCUCUUUUUUUUUUCCUUUUCUCAGUCUAACUGAGGCUAAUUUUUACAACUUCAGUAACACUUCAGAGUAAAAGAAGGAAAAAAAUAUUUAACAUGUUUUUUUUUUUUUUCAUUUCUUGCUUAAAAAGGAAGGUUGUAUUUUGGGGGACUGAUUUAAUUUGAUGGAUUUUUUUUUUCCCCUUUGCUUCUUAUUUCUAGGUUGGAACCAAUACGGUUUAAAACUAAAGAAUGGGUUAAUAAGCUUCAAACAGAUAACUGCAACUGAAAACUGCACAUUAAAUACAAAAAAAAAAAAAAGAAAAAGAAAAAGAAAAAAAAUCCUAUUUUGUCUUUGUUGCCAGAAAUCAGUGUAGUGUCAAACAC